AGUGAUUUCUGGCUGUUCGCACCUCUAAAAACAUUUAUCUUUUUUCUUUCUUUCUUCUCGAAAGAAAGAAAGAUGCGAACAGACUGGAAGAUUGUUUCAGUCGUCUUCCUGGCAGCGGUUUUAAGUCUCCAAUGCGUGGAUUCUAAAAAGGCUACGAAAACGAAGUUACUUAAGAAGUUACGGCAUAAUGGACACAUGAAAGCCCAUGCUGCUCAUCAAAGGAGUCUCACUGGCGAAAAGAAAAACGCAGUGCAGCCUACAAAUGAUCAAGUUGCGGCGAUGCAAAACCCGGAGAGUUUACAACCCAGUGAAACGGAAGAACUAAACCAGCUGCAGAACUAUAACAAGCAGUAUAUCAACAACGAAAUGGCAGCCGAGACGGCUCUACUAGCAGAUCAAGGAAUUGAUGAUGACUCAGCAUUAAAGAUCUCCAACAUGGCAGCUUUACCCAAUGGAAUGCCUCCAGGAGCUAAUGCUGCUAUUAAAGCCAAGAUCAGUAGUAGCAGUGCGCAUACUCCCCAGGAUCAGUCAGCUGGACAACCGCAGAACUUAAACACUGGCUAUGAUCCAAAUGCUUACUUGUAUGACGCAAACUCUUGGCCAGAGUACACCAUCCACGAUUCAGAUUACAGUCACUUCCGGUCAGUGGAAAUGAACAACAUGAAUGGUGAGAACACAGAUAUGCCGCCACAGUACAACAAGCCUGACGGACAUCCUGACUUCCAGAAUAUGGCGAAUGAUGAAAAAAUAGAAUUUCAGGGACAGAAAUUCCAGCAAGAAAAAGGUGAAGAUUCUGAAUCGCUCAAUGACGAAAUGAAGCAAGAGGAUGGGGAGGAGUUUCAGAAGAAACCGUCAAGCGAGGGAAGCCCGGCAACGCAUAAAGUUAGUAGUGAGGGAGAUGUAAAUGACGCGAAGCCCGCUGUUAACAGCGGUGCCACUGAAGGAAGCAAAUCUGAGAGUAGCCCAAAGCCACAAGUCACUCCGUCUCAACAGAAACCGCAAGUGGUAGUGCAUAAUGCUGAAGAUGACGCUGCUCCCGCGAAAGAUGCACCUUCGCAAAAGCAGCUACAACAACAACAGCAGCAGCAGCAGCAAACUCAAAAACAGCCGCAAGUGAAGACUUCUCCUGCAAAGAUUGCUGCAUCUGUGGCAGAGGCGGCGGCCUCACUGCCUCCCAAGGCCAUUGCUUCUUUAGUGAGUAGUCUGGUCGGUGGCGGGAAAAUUGUUACAUCAGGUCAAGUCCAGGAACAAAGUCAAGCGAAAGGUCAAGGUCAGGGUCAAAGUAAAGGUCAAGGUCAAGGUCAAGGUCAAGCUAGGAGUGCAGCUCAGUCCCUCAUACCUCAAGACAUUAAUCCGGCGCAAGAACAAACCACAAUAGCUACGCAGUUACACGUUGUUGCGAAGCCAAAGAGACGAUUAUAAGAUUACUAUCUAGCUAAUUAUUUCGUAGUCUCUAGUGAAACAGAGGGAGUGUCAGCAAAUAAAAAGAUCUUUGUUCACUUGGAAGUCAAAUACCAGAUAACCUCACCUUCUCCAGACGGGGCCGAAUGACCAAUCUUUUCAAUUGGCAAGCUGAACUCAAUGUUGCAGAACAAUGAUUUGUACAUUAACUCCAUACAUCAUGAAGAUAAGUGUAGUAUCAUUUAACUUCGUACAUAACUUAAUUUGAAGCAGCUGUUUUAGUUACACAUGUGUAAUAACCAACGUUCAGUUUGCCUGGUCAAACAACACUACUUGUCAGAGCACGGUAUCAUUAAUUUGCCAUAAGGAAGCUCAAGGCUAAUAUACAUAGGGCUAAAACUUGUUAUGAGAGAAAACACGUUUUAUUAUUGUAUCCAAAUCUAAAUUCUUCUGACGGCGUUGAUUGGUAAAUAAAAGAGUAUUGGUGG